UUCCCGCCCAAACGCUCUCCCUUUCUCUCAAUGGCGGUGCCCGGAAACCCCGAUGCCCAAAUCCAAGCUUUCGCCUCUUUCCUCCUUCGCUACCACUCCCCCGAUCUCCGCUCCAUCCUCCUCUCCCCCGAUCCCAAGCUCCAUUACCCUCUCAUCAUCAGCUUCGCCGAGAUCCUUGAGUUCGACCCUAGACUCGCCCACCACCUCUUCUCCCGCCCUUCAGAUUUCCUACCUCUCUUCGACGAAGCUGCUCUCCGCGCACACCGCGUCGUUCUCAGGGGUUCGGACGAUCUGAGGGGGAGCGCCUGCGAGAAGGCUUAUAUCCAUGUCCGGAUCAACGUCAGCGGAUCUCCCUUGGAAUGCCCUGAAACUUUUCCGAGCAUCGGGAGGGUGAGGGUCAAGCAUCGAGGGUUCCUUCUUACUCUGAAGGGGACAGUUAUAAGAUCCGGGGCAGUCAAGAUGAUAGAAGGGGAGCGGGAGUAUCAGUGUAGGAAGUGCAGGCACAGAUUCAAAGUUUAUCCGGAGAUGGAGACUGGAAACCGUGUCGUCCUCCCUACUUCAUGCCCAUCCAGAGGGUCUAAAGGCUGCGAGGGGACACAUUUCCAAUUUGUGGAAGAUAGUAUGGUAUGCCACGACUACCAAGACAUAAAAAUCCAAGAAAGCGCGCAACUUUUAGACAUUGGAUCAAUUCCUCGUUCAAUACCAGUGGUUUUAAUGGAUGAUUUAGUUGACAUUGUCAAAGCUGGAGAUGAUGUCGUAGUGACUGGGGUUUUGUCAGCCAAGUGGUCAUCGGACUUAAAGGACGUGCGUUGUGACCUUGAUCCUGUGCUAGUUGCUAAUUUUGUCUGGAGAACUAAUGAAUUGAAGUCGGAGAUUGACAUUCCUGAUGAUGUUAUGAAGAAAUUUAAGCAAUUCUGGUCAGAAUGUCGAGAUACUCCAUUGAGAGGAAGAAAUACCAUAUUGCAGGGAAUUUGUCCUCAAAUCUUUGGGCUUUUCACAGUGAAGCUUGCAGUUGCUCUAACGUUGAUUGGAGGAGUGCAACAUGUUGAUGCUUCGGGGAUGAAGAUUCGCGGAGAACCUCACAUGCUUCUUGUUGGUGACCCAGGCACUGGAAAGUCUCAAUUUCUGAAGUUUGCCGCUAAAUUAAGCAACCGAUCUGUGAUUACAACUGGUUUGGGAAGCACCAGUGCAGGUUUAACUGUUACUGCUGUCAAGGACGGAGGGGAAUGGAUGCUUGAGGCUGGGGCACUUGUUUUGGCUGAUGGUGGAUUAUGUUGCAUAGACGAAUUUGAUAGGUUUGGUUCACUUAAUUAUAUACUUAGUAUCUCUCUGCUUCAACUUGCUUGUCUAGGUGAAGCAGAAAAAACACAUGAUGGCUUGGAACAUAUGUGGUCACUGCCAAUGAUUAGACGGUACAUACACUAUGUAAAGCAGCAUUUUAAACCAGUGCUGACGAAGGAAUCGGAAAAGGUUAUCUCAAGUUACUAUCAGCUGCAGCGGAGAUCAGCAAACCAUAAUGUGGCUAGAACUACUGUACGGAUGCUUGAGAGUUUGAUAAGAUUGGCCCAAGCACAUGCAAGACUCAUGUUUAGAGACAUAGUAACGCAGCUGGAUGCUAUUGCGGCCAUUUUAUGCAUCGAGUCCUCAAUGACAACAUCUGCCAUUGUUGACAGUGUGGGAAAUGCUUUGCACUCUAACUUCACUGAUAACCCUGACCAGGAGUGUAUCCUAACAUUUUAGUUUUCCUGUCUAAAUAGCUGAACAAUUGUGUUACAGUAUGGCUGUUCUGCAUUCAAGUGUACAUAGGUUUUUAUAUAUAUAUAUAUAUAGAGCUAGGCU